AUGAACCUGGACGAGUUCAAUGAACUGGUAAAGCAGAGAGAUGAAAUUGAGCGAGAAAUCAAGGAGAAUGUGGAUUUCCUGGAAUCCCCAGAAAACAAAGGCGUGGGCAUGAAGGGCAAGUUGGUAGAUCCAGAAGGAUUUCCCAGAAACGAUAUUGACAUAUAUAGCAUCCGGGUUGCAAGGAAUAAGGUUAUCUGCUUAAAAAACGAUUACCUAGAUCUGAACAAAAGGAUCGAAGAGUACCUCCACAAGGUUCAUACUUCUCAUCCUCCCAUACGAGUACAGAGGAGUAAAGCGAAAGACGAACCGGGUAAUGAAGCAAAUGAAUCUUCAUCAGAAAGUCAAGUAGAAGAUUAUGAUGAAUCAGCACCAGGUUAUGAGAAGCUAAUCGAAAAAGCCAAGAGGAGUACAUUUGCCAUGAUCGAUGAAAUGGUAGAGAAUUCCCCUUCAUAUAAGGCAGGGCUACGAAUCAAUGAUUAUGUAUUUCAGUUUGGUGAUGUACGAAAAAAAAAAAAAAAAAAAAGUGAUGGAAAUGGAAAUGAAAAUGGAAAUGGAAAUGAAAAUGAAAAAGAAUACGAAAAGGAGAAUGCAGACAUCUUCAACAGAAUUGCAGCUUACAUGAAGGACAAUCCCACCAAAAUUAAAGUUAAAAUAUUGAGAGAGGGAAAAAUUUUUUUUUAUUCUGUUUUUCCAAAUAAGACAGUCAAUGGGUUAUACAUUGGCUGUCACCUGACGCCAACCAGGGGGUUAUUGGUAUAA